CACAUUGCCUAGACCGAAAAAAAUCAACUGAUCAGGUUCGUAUUGGGUUAUCAUGGCGAUCCUUAGGUUUUCCAAAUUCAUUAGUUUGUUUCUUCUGUUCUCUGUGGCGAAUAUGUGCAUUGGAAAUGCACAUGCAUCAGAGAAUGCAAAUGCCCAAGGGCUCAUCUCUUGUCUGAUCGGAGGCGGGGUGAAAAACGUGACAGCCAAAAGCUAUUCUGCACCAGGAGCCUACGAUUCGCUGCUCAACUUUUCUCUGCAGAAUCUGCGGUACGCUGAAAAGAGCGUGCUGAAGCCAUACGCUGUGAUUGUCCCGGAGAGCAGAGAGCAAGUGCAAAAGGCUGUGCAGUGCUGUAUAGUAAAUGAGUGGCAGAUUCUGGUGCGGAGUGGAGGGCACAGCUAUGAGGGCCUCUCCUCGACUGCUCAAGACCCAGAUUUCGUCAUCAUCGAUCUCAUGAAACUGGAUCGAGUGGAUGUGGACAUGAAAUCAAAGACUGCGUGGGUAGAGUCCGGGGCAACCGUUGGACAACUCUAUGCCGCCAUUGCAGACAAGACUUCGCGGUACGGUUUUCCCGCCGGAGUUUGUCCAACGAUAGGCGUGGGUGGGCAUUUUAGUGGAGGUGGGCUGGGAUUACUGACCCGGAGGUAUGGUCUAGCUGCAGAUCAUGUUAUAAAUGCCCUUCUGGUGGGGAAAGAUGGGAAAGUGGUGGACAGAAAGGGGAUGGGAAUGGAUGUGUUUUGGGCCAUCCGAGGUGGCGGUGGAGGGAGCUUUGGGGUGGUUCUUGCAUGGCAGAUAAGGCUUGUCAAAGUGCCUCCCAAAGUCACUGUGUUUAAUGUCAACCGGGCGGGAAGUGAUAAUGUGACUCGGUUGGUCCAGCGAUGGCAAGAAUUUGCACCACAUGCCCACAAGAAUCUGUUUGUUCGGGCAGUGGUAUUCGGUGGGAAGCCUGAGGUGAAAGUUACUUUGAACGGUAUGUUCUUGGGUUCGCUUCAUAAGUUUGUUAAGCUUGUCAAUAAGGGCUUUCCGGAGAUGGGUUUGGUCGCAGGUGAUUGUAAGGAGACAGAUUGGAUUGGUGGAAUGAUUUAUACUGCUGUUAACAAUGGGUAUUCUGCUGACUUCCGCAACAGAUUUUUGCCUACCAAGAGCUACUUUAAGAUUAAGUCUGAUUUUGUGACAAGUCCUAUCUCGACAUUAGGGUUAGCUGAAGCAUGGAAGAUUAUGGAGGAGCAGCCCAAUAGCAUUAUGAUAUUGGCUCCUCUUGGGGGAAUCAUGGACCAGAUACCAUCUUAUCAGCUUCCUUUCCCCCAUAGGGCAGGAUAUCUGUAUGACAUUCAGUAUGUCGUUACCUGGGACAACGCUGCCAAUGAUAAUCAGUCCAUGGCUUGGAUUCGAAAGUUUUAUGACUACAUGGCUCCACAUGUUUCCAAAUCUCCCAGGGCUGCUUAUGUGAACUAUAUAGAUCUGGACUUGGGCACCAACCCUGGUAACCAUGGAGGCGUCAGCAUGCGACAGGCAAAAUUAUGGGGUGAGAGGUAUUUUGGUGGCAAUUUCGAGAGGUUGGUUCAUGUCAAGAGCAAAUUUGACCCCCGCAAUAUUUUCAGGAAUGCUCAGAGCAUUCCUGCUCUUCCAUAUGAGUGAUCUUGUCUUUGUUUCUUCUUCAUAAUUGUUAAGUUUACCAAAUUAGCCAGUCAAUAAAUGCACAUUCCUUUUCUAUAAUAGGAAUUGUGCGUGUGCCUUGUGUCUUGUAACGUUCUACAUGUUCUUUCACUAAAACAACGUCUUAAAUUAUUGUUCCCCUAUUUCUCUUUGUUGAGAUAUAUAUUUGCGGUAGAUAUUAAAGCA